ACUCUUUAUAUAGUGGUCCAACAGAGAAAAGCAUAACCAAAAGCUUCGUUGUAAGCCAUGGAUUCUCAACUUCUCAUCAAAUCCAUGGCCAAUGGAGAUGAAGGAAAUACUGAUAAACUUCACGUAGUUAUGUUUCCUUGGCUAGCUUUUGGUCAUAUUAUACCAUUUCUUGAACUUUCCAAAUUCAUUGCUCAAAAAGGUCACAAAAUCUCUUUCAUUUCAACCCCAAAAAACAUUGAUCGUCUCCCUAAACUUCCCCUUGAAUUUUCCAAUUCCAUAACUUUUGUCAAAAUCCCACUUCCUAAAGUUGAUGGUUUACCAGAAAAUGCAGAAGCUACAAUGGAUAUAACAACUGAAGAAAUUAUUUAUCUUAAAAAAGCAAUGGAUGGUAUGGAAAAAGAAGUGACUAAAUUUUUGGAAAAAAAUUCACCUGAUUGGAUUAUUCAAGAUUUUGCACAAUAUUGGUUAGCUCCAAUUUCAGCCAAGUUAGGAAUAUCACGUAUUUUCUAUUGCAUAAUUAACGCUUGGUUCAUUGCUUUCUUUGGGUCAACGGAGAAUAUGGUCAACACCAACUCAGGAACACCGCCUACGGUGGAGGAUUUCUUAGUUCCACCAAAGUGGAUACCGUUUGAAACAAAGGCGGCGUAUCGCCGCCACGAGGCACGGUGGAUGGUGGGGUCCAGCCAGAAGAAUGUUUCUGGCGUUUCGGACCUUUAUCGUAACGGGGUCACAAUGACUGGAGCUGACGCUACUAUUUUUCGUCAUUGUUACGAGUUUGAAGGUCAGUGGUUAAAGUUAUUAGAAGAUCUUCAUAAUAUACCGAUGAUUCCUUCGGGUUUAAUGCCACCUAUGGUGAAAAAUAUUGACGACGAAAAAAAUAAUCAAUCUUGGAUGUCGAUUAAAGAAUGGUUAGAUGAGAAACCUAAAGGUUCUGUAGUUUAUGUAGCGCUAGGGAGUGAAGUAACCAUUGGCCUGAAUGAUAUUAAUGAGCUAGCUCUUGGGUUGGAGUUAUCUCGAUCACCGUUCUUUUGGGUCUUGAGGAAGCCAUCUAAGUCAGGAAAUACUGACCCGAUUGAGUUACCAGAGGGUUUUGAAGAAAGAAUCAAAGGUCGCGGCAUAGUAUGGAAGAGUUGGGCACCUCAGUUGAAUAUAUUAAGUCAUGACUCGGUUGGCGGAUUCUUGACUCACUGCGGAUGGAGUUCGAUUAUAGAAGGAUUAAUGUUUGGUCAUCCAUUGAUUAUGUUACCAUUUUUGGUUGAUCAAGGACUGAAUGCUAGAAUUCUGGAAGAUAAAGGGGUUGGUGUAGAAAUUCCAAGAAAUGAAGAGGAUGGGUCCUACACAAGUGAUUCAGUAGCCAACUCGGUUAAUUUAGUAAUGGUGGAAAAUGAAGGAAAGAUAAUUCGAGAGAAAGCAAAAGAAAUGAUUUCUAUAUUUGGAAACAAAAAUCUUCAUGAUAAGUAUAUAGAAAAUCUAAUUGAGUUCUUGGAAAAUCAUAGGAAAGUGUCUAAUCAACAUAUAUCUAAUUAAAUCUUAAUGUAAGACAAAAUAAAGUAGCCAGUUUGGUGAAAUUUACUCUUUUUUCGAUUUUUGUUAUUUUUUUGUCUUUCUCUUUAAGGUGCUAAUGGUGAUGUUUCAUCUAGAUGUGAUGUUUAGAUUUUUA